GACGGUUUUAUCAAGCGACGCACCAUUGAAAUCGUAGCGGUUUUUCCACGGUUAUAAUUCAUUGUCCUAAAGAGUAUACCAUAGAGUAGUAAAUAGUCGGUAAUACCACUAAUACCACUUCAAAAUUCUACUAUAAAUACGACCCCGAAGAACUAGCAAAAGCUAUUCGCUUACGCGAUCUUACGAAAUGUCAUUGAAAUUUAGUCUAAUCUUGGCACUCUGCCUGGCAGUAGUGGCCAUAAGCAACGCUGAACGUGCGCGUUAUGAUAACUAUCGUGUGUACCGUGUGACCGCAUCCGAUGCCAAGGAGUUGGCUAUCCUGAAAACGAUGGAAGACACAAGUGACGCGCUGAUCUUCAUAGAGGGGGUACACUCAGUGAAUCGUGAUAUUGAAGUAGUUGUAGCGCCACAUAAAAUACCCGACUUCCUGAAAGCUAUGGGGGACAAUGAGAUUGAUUAUGUGCUAUUGGAAAAUAACUUGCAAGCGCAAUUAGAUGAUGAAGAUAAAGAACAAAUUAAGGGACGUGCCGGCGGUUAUGAUUGGACUGCGUACCAAACACUAGAUGAUACCUACAAUUGGUUGAUUUCAUUGACUCGAUUAUAUCCAGGCGUUGUAACACUAAUUGAAGGUGGCAAGACCUAUGAAAAGCGUUCUAUUUUGGGUAUAAAGAUCUCUUACAAUAACGGUAAUGCGCAGAAGCCAGGUAUAUUUAUUGAGGCUGGUAUUCAUGCACGUGAAUGGAUUGCACCAGCAACGACUACAUAUAUCAUCAAUCAAUUGUUGACAUCUGAAGAUGCAGCUCUACAAGAUUUGGCAAAGAAUUACGAUUGGUACUUCUUUCCACAUGCUAAUCCUGACGGUUAUGUCUACACACAUACCACCAAUCGUAUGUGGCGUAAGACACGUCAACCACAUGGUAUUUGCUAUGGCGCCGAUCCCAACCGUAAUUGGGAUUCCUACUGGGGUACUGUCGGUAUCAGCAAUAAUCCUUGCUCUGAGACGUACGCCGGUCCAAAAGCAUUCUCUGAAAUUGAAACUAAAUCAUUGUCCAACUAUAUUAAAUCAUUGGAGGGCAAAAUUCAAUUGUACAUCUCAUACCAUUCCUACUCACAAUAUGUGUUGUAUCCUUAUGGUCACACUAAUCAACUACCUGACAAUGUCGCUGAUUUCCAAAGUGUCUUCAAUGUUACUGUGGAUGCUAUAAAGCAGCGUUACGGUACCCGAUAUACCGGUGGUAAUGUUUACGAUGCUAUUUACCCUGCUUCGGGUUCUAGUACGGAUUGGGCUUAUGCCAAUGUCGGCACUCGCAUGUCAUUCUGCCUUGAGUUGCGUCCGGGUCCAAAUGCAUUUGUAACAGGCUUCAGGCUGCCAGCUAAUCAAAUUCUUCCCACCGCCGAAGAAACUUUGGAUGCCCUUGUCGCUAUGGUUAACAAGGUUAAGGAUUUGGGUUAUUUUAAGUGAUUUAACGAACACAACUAAGUGCUUAAUAAAUAAGAAAUUACAAAAAAAAGUGUAUAAUACUUUGAUCCUAAGUCCUGACAAAACAAUCUGAAGGUUGAUUUCAAUCGCCAUACACAUCUUUGCACCCAAUCUACCAAAUAAUCACUUCAGCUAUUUGACUAUGGGUAUUUUAAGGAAUAAUUUUUCAGAAGUUUCUUGUAGGAAUGUUGAGGGACAAAAAAAAGUACAAUAUUUUGUAUAUUUUACAUCGACUUUGUCAUAUUUUUCGGUAUCGCUACAUUUUUGGUGAGCGCCAUUCGGCAGGUUCCAAAGUACUUUUAAAGCCGAGAGAGAAAAUAUUUGUAUUUUUGUCUUCCCAAUGCUAACAUCGUGUUUUCUUAAUUUUUUCGAAAAUAUGGUCAUCAACAAAUUUUUUGCAAGAAACAAAUUUUUUACAUUUCCUCACUCAAAGCAUUAUAUUAUAUAUCUAAAACACAAUUUUUCGAUUAAGUUGCUUCAGUGAUUGUAUAUCGCGUUCAAUAUGAAAGCGUUCGGAUUAUAUGAUGUUAGAAAGAUAAGAUUUCGUAAUAAAAAAACUUUUCAGAGA